GGAGGAGUGCGCUGUGUUCCCGCGUAUUUGUUUAUUAUUUUUCGAAACGCACAGGUUUUAAGUGCACAAUGCCUAAUAUAAUAAAUGAAGUAAAAUUAGACUUUAAAGAUGUGUUGUUGCGGCCUAAAAGAAGCACGCUGCGGAGCAGAAACGAUGUAGAAUUAUACCGAGAAAUCACGUUUCGCAACUCAGGACAGACGUACCGGGGUAUCCCCGUGAUGGCCAGUAACAUGGACACUGUAGGCACUUUUGAAAUGGCACUGGAAUUAUCUAAGCAUGGCCUAUUUACUUGUAUCCAUAAGUAUUAUUCGAUUGAGGACUGGGUGAAAUUCGCCACCGAGCACCCAGAAAGCUUAGAACAUAUAGCGGCUAGCUCAGGGACAGCGGAAGCAGACUUUGAGCGUCUCUCAGAUAUCCUCAACUCCAUUAAGGAGCUGAAGUUUAUUUGCUUAGACGUGGCCAACGGGUACUCCCAACAUUUCGUCGAAUACGUUAGAAGAGUGAGAGCUGCAUUUCCGCAGCACACUAUCAUUGCUGGCAACGUAGUAACUGGGGAGAUGGUUGAAGAAUUAAUUUUAUCUGGUGCUGAUAUCAUAAAGGUGGGCAUUGGUCCAGGCUCGGUAUGCACGACCCGCAUUAAAACUGGAGUGGGUUAUCCUCAGCUGUCUGCCGUCAUUGAGUGCGCUGACGCCGCACACGGUCUCAAGGGACAUAUUAUAUCGGAUGGUGGCUGCACUUGUCCCGGCGAUGUAGCGAAGGCUUUUGGCGCAGGCGCUGACUUCGUAAUGGCGGGUGGAAUGUUUGCGGGGCAUGACCAGUGCGGUGGAGACGUAGUCACAAAAUCGGACGGAAAGAAAGUCAAGUUAUUCUACGGCAUGUCGUCAUCCACCGCGAUGUUGAAGCAUUCUGGAGGGGUUGCAGAAUAUAGGUCUUCUGAAGGUAAAACCGUAGAAGUAGAAUACAGAGGUGAUGUAGGCGCAACAGUCAAAGACAUCCUUGGUGGUCUCCGAUCGUCGUGUACCUACGUUGGCGCUGCGAGACUCAGAGAACUUCCACGAAGAGCCACCUUUAUACGCUGCUGUCGGCAGGUCAAUGACACUUUCUCUUAAUUUCUGAAGGCCUAGUGGCCCAGCUGGGCUUAAGAUCUGCUUGAUGGUAUUUUAGUUUCAAAUUUUUAGUUUAGCUUUCUUACUGGACCGUAUUAUUAAUGAUGUCUAAUAAUUUGAAUAUUAUCGUGAAUCUCCUUAGGUGCUGCAUGCACUUUGUUUACGAUAAUGCACUUUAUGUGCUGCUGUUUGUGUAAUGAACAAAAGGAGAUUCGAAAAUCUGAUGACAAUGCCGUCACAGACACUGAAAAGUGCAAGAAAUGAAGUAUCAGAUGUGAAUACUGGAUUUGGAAUGUAUCAGCAUCUGCGGAAUCAUACUUUGGUAAUAAUCCACAUGGGUAAAUUUUAAGAGCGCCCCACUUUGGGCGCCAAUUUUGAAAUAUCUCGUAUGUUGUCAAUUCGCCUAGAUUAGUGACAGGACUGCUGUUGAGGAUUGUUCUUAUGUUAAAUCACAGUGCUUGGUGCUAUGAGAGGACCAUCAUUAUCAUAGUCAGUCCUAUGGCCACUGCUCUAUUCUAUUGAAUCACUGUACUGGUGCUAUAGUCUGGACGCAUGUUUGACCAGAGCGUCCAUGUGUAAAUAUGAUAUUUACUGCAGCGGUUAGCUAACUAAAGUUAAUUAAUUGCAUCUAAUUGAUUUUAAUUUGAAUUCAAUUUAAGUUGAAUUUUAAUUACAUAAUGAAAAGACAAAGUUUUUGUGAAUCAAUUUUCAAAUCUUUGGGCAUUGUACUUAUUCUAACCUAACAUAACCUAAAAACUUUUCAAAUCACAUCUUCUAAAGACAUUAAUUAUAAUCUAAACAUCAUAUCAUGAGCAAAUGAAAACAAGUAACAAUUUUGUAGACACUUGCUACCCUACUUGCUAUUUUUUUAAUUAUACAUACGACGUUGGCGUGCUAGCUGUUUCGGUAUGUUCAAAAAGACGUUUAAGUUUCAAUCAGGCGUAUGUUUUUUUUAGAGAAUUAUUGGAUUGGGCAUUAUGACGUAUUAUCUUCAUGUGCUUUUGUUUAAUGUAGUGUGAUGAUAUAAAAAUCGCGUUUUAGUUAUGUAGUACCUUCGCACAAACAAUAAGUAUUUUUUUAAUCUUUUUUUAUGUUUUAUGAAACGUCCGUACAAAGUCCGUGAGAUCAAGUUACGAUUAAGUUUAAUUCUAAGACUUACUUAAGUAUCAAUAAGUAGCAAUUCUGUAACUAUUUGUUUUAUUUAAUUUAUUGUGAAAAAGACGAUGAGUGUAAGCUAUGCCAUUGUUUUAGAUAAAUUUUAUUGUUCUUGAAAUAUAGUUAAUGAAUAUUGUUUGGUUGUAUUAUUUCUUGCUUCAUUUCA